UUAGUUAGUGGAUUCUUUUUUCAGGGCAUAGGUAUUGGAAUCUGUUUCUCUCAGUUCAAUGUUUUCAUGAGUCGUUUACAAAACAGCCCCCUUGCUAUCGGUCUCUUCCAUGGGAGCUGGGGGUUGGGUGCCUCGACGUCUCCUCUUAUUGCUACUGGUUUAGUGGAAGCUGGAAUUAAAUGGAAUAUGUUCUAUCUUAUACUUCUUGGGUUUCUGAUCUUCAAUAUUGCCAACUGUUAUUUGGCUUUCGUUCACUGGGAAAGUUCUUUGACACCCUGGGAUCCCAAAGUUAAGAAGACCGAUGAAAUAGAAGAAAACCUUUCAAAAUUAGACGGGUUGAUGGCGGAAGCUGUAAGAACCAAAAUGACCUGUUGGGCAUCUUUGUUUGUGUUUUGUUAUCAAGGUGCUGAAGUUUCGUUUGGAGGCUGGUUAACUACCUAUCUACGUGAUUAUAGAAUGUUUACAUCCACUUCCAUUUCAUACGUUGCUACAUGUUAUUGGUUUGGAAUCACAUUAAGUAGAUUGGUAGUUACUACUUUUAUUCACAGAAAGAUAGGAAUUCCCAGAGCAAAUUUUUUAUUGGCUACUCUUGCUAUCGUUUUUGUUCUCUUGACUUGGUUAAUUGAUAAUUUGAUCUCUGAGAUUGUUACCAUAUUUAUCAGUGGGAUAUGUAUUGGGCCUAUCUAUCCAUUAAUGAUUAGUCAUGUUAUUCAGGGAAAUUUAUUGCCUGAUAGAAUACAGAUAAUUUCAAUGACAAUUUCAUCAGCCUUUGGAUAUUCUGGUGGUGCAGUUUUUCCAUUUCUUAUUGGGUUGAUUUCUCAA